AACAGGUGCUUUGAAAUGGUUUCAAAAAUUGAUUUAACAUUUUGGUGUGGAUACGAAGUCGAUGAAAACGUUUGAAAUGAUUAAGAAUUUCGAAAAAUUUGGAAAUAUAAUAAUAAGUGAUAUUUUUGUGUUUUUCGUCGUUGCUUUUUGGUAUACUACUUGGAAUAUCCAAGAUAAAUACCUGUUUCCGAAUCACCACGGCCUGAGCAAUGGUAUAUCAUUGGCUAUUGGAAUCAUAGGCAUAUCGAUCAUCGCGAUAUCACAAUUUACCAUAAAGAAGAAACUUCGCAAUACAAACUGUGUAAUAUUUUUUCUUAUUUCUCGGUGCAUCGCAUUUUUCUGGGCAGUGUGUGGUGUAUGCCACUGGAGAGGACUGUGGAAUUUUUUAGACAGAUACACAGUGGCUCUGUCACCGAAGGUCCUUCUUGUUAUAGGGCUUGUUGUGUUGUGUUUUCUCCGUAGCGUAAGGAAUAUUCUAGCACCGCCAUUUGUUCUUGGUUUUGAUGGAUGCAGAGAACAGUUCUUCAACCAGUCUAUGAUUUUCGGUCAAAUUGUAAGGAAUAAAAUACCUUUUGAAUUGGAUGUCUUCCUGUGCACGUCUAUACUUGGAAGUUUGGUAGUUGUGUUUUGGCGCGAUGCUUGGCAGACUAUGGACAAUCAUCUAUUUCCAGACGACAAAAAGAGAACAUUCAUAUGGUCUAUUAUAAUAUUUUUUAGUGUUCAAAUCUCAGCAGAAAUACUACAGUUUUGUUUUCGCAGAACGUCUUCGCACAUAGAAAAAUUUCCAUACAUAAUGAAAUUAAUAAUCCAUGAUGCUUACUUUAUUUUUCUUGGUGUUGGUAACGUUUCCUGCUGGAGAUUUCUAUGGACAAUAAUAGAGAAGAUAACAGCCAUGAUAGGACCUGGUAUAGGAUUAGGAUCAGUAUGUUUCACAAGUUUCGUAUUUCUCGUAUCUGUGUUUUCCUCUACGAGCAUUGUUUCAAAGGGUUUCAUAUUGGACGGAUCUGUUGAACAAUGGUAUCGACUUCCUUCAGAGUAUAUUGGUAGUUUCAGGGCAUGCUUACAAGACAAGGAAAAGAAACCAGGGAAGAAAGAUUUUGAACCUAGUUUAGAAACGAUAACCCAUCUAUAA